AUGAGUUCUCAAAAGCCGUGUGCAAACUCAAAGUGUGAAAAGGGUAUUGGUAUAUUAGCUUGUCAAGGAUGUCAAAGAGUAUUCUGUAAACGACAUACAACAGAACAUCAUGAAGAAUUAAGCAUGGAAUUAGAAAAAAUUAUUUAUGAACAUAAUUCUAUUAGAAAUCGUUUACAACAGAAUGAUACAUUAGAAAUAUUAACCCAUCCUCUAUUAAAACAAAUUGAUGAAUGGGAAUCAAAAUCGUUAAAAUUAGUACAAACAGCAGCUGAAGAAGCACGAAAUAAAAUUCAACAAAUCUUAAUUGAAAAUAAAUCAGAUUUAAUUAAAGAUUUUCGAAUAUUAACACAAGAAUUAGCAAUACGACGAGCAACAGAAGAUUAUGUUGAAACAGAUUUCGAUAGAUGGAAAGCUGAAUUAAUUAGAAUAAAAGAAGAAAUUAAAAUGCCAAAACAUUUAAAAAUUGAUAAAGAUUUUAUUUCAUCUGGUGAUAUGAUUAAAAUAACAUCACAAGUAUUAAAAAGUAGUCAACGUUCAGCAGAAAAAUUUGAUCAAGUAUGCGGUUAUAUUCAAGUGGAAGAUAAUAGGCGAUUAGCUGUACAUUAUGGGCUUAAUGCACGUGAUGCAAGCGUCUAUGGUAAACGAUUAUAUUCAAAUGGUAGUCACAAUAUUAGACUUAAAAUUGAAACAAUGCAAGAUAAUUAUUGGUUAUUUUUAGGAAUUAUAUCGGCAUCUUCAUCAUUAAGAGAAAAUGUUUAUACGACAAAAUCGGCAUACGGUUGGGGUGGUACUAAUGAAUCAAGUAAAUUUGUCUAUUUAGAAGGUAUUGAAAAUAAUGGUACUCAAUAUGGAUACGAUGGUGAUAUUCGUAAAAAUGAUAUUCUAGAAAUAGUGUUAAAUUGUGAUCAACAAACAAUUGACUUAUUUAAUAUACGUACAAAUAAAAAGUAUGAAAUAACAGUUGAUAUUCAUAGAUGUCCAUUUCCAUGGAAAUUAGCUAUAAGUCUUUAUUAUUCGGGUGAUAGUGUACGUCUGAUAUAA